AUGCUGUCAUCCCUUGUCGUUGCAACAAUCUUCCUCUUGACCCGGUUGACGAAUGCCUGGGGCACACUCGGACACGAGACUAUUGCGUGGAUUGCUCAAUCAUAUGUCUCAUCUACCACAAAAGCAUCAGUCCAAUCAAUCUUGAGCUCCACGGCAUCGGACUAUAUGGCCAAUGUCUCUACUUGGGCUGAUUCAUACCGGUAUACCAGUGGGGGUGGUUGGUCUGCGCCACUUCAUUACAUCGAUGCGAAGGACAACCCUCCAGAAUCCUGCUCAGUGGACUACAAUCGUGAUUGCGGUGAAGCCGGAUGCUCCGUCUCGGCCAUUGUGAACUAUACAUCGAUCCUGUUGGACGAGAAGUCCAAGUCUUCGACCAAACUUGACGCCAUGCGGUUCGUCAUUCAUUUCGUCGGAGACCUUCAUCAACCUCUCCAUGACGAAGCGCUUGAUGUCGGAGGAAACACCAUCAGCGUCACCUACGACGGCGAAAAGACCAACUUGCACCAUAUUUGGGACACGGAGAUUGUGGAGCAAUUAGCAGACGGCCAGGACGCCGAGGGAUUCGCAAAAAACCUUACCACAGCGAUCCAGGCGGGCGACUAUGGAUGGGAUGCCGGCAGUUGGCUGGAUGGCGUCAGUUUGAACGAGACUCAAACCACGGCCAUGGCCUGGGCCAGCGAGGCGAAUGCUUUCGUGUGCGCCGACGUCCUCGCCGCGGGCGUUGACGCGGUCGAGGAAGGCGAUCUGAGUGGCACCUAUUACAAGGCGCAUUACGACGUUGCGCGGAUCCAGAUUGCCAGGGCUGGCUAUCGAUUAGGGGCCUGGUUGAACUUGAUCUACACAGGUCAGACAAGUGGUUAA